AUGGCCCAUACCAUCGACCCCACCUCCAAAGCCGACACCCUCCGGCACAUGAACGACGACCACACCCGCGACAUGGCCCUGAUCCUAGCCCACUACCUCUCCAAAACUGACCCAUCCUCCUCCAAAACUAAACCCUUCGACCUCCUCAACAAGUAUGCCUCAUCCAUCAAAAUGACCGAGAUUAACCUCGACUUCCUUGUCCUCUGUGUUGGCGAGGAAGAAGCUUGCUACCGCAUCCCGUUUGAACCCCCGCUCUCGUCGUGGAAUGAGCGUCGCUCGAGGUUGGUCGCCCUGGUGCGUGCUGCGCGAGAGGGGCUGGGUGUCUCAGAGGAGGAGUUCCCCGGUGGUUCGGACAAGACUACUACUCAAGGGAUGGUUACGGUGGAUGAGUACAUGCCCCCCCGCUUCCCCAUCGACAUGACGAUCCUAUUCCUCGUUGUGGGGUACUACGCCAUUUAUGCCCUUCUCCGAGCUGGGUGGUUCGAGGAGUCUGAGCUCGGAAAGACUGUUGUGAGCUCAGUCAUUGCGCCGUUCUUCCCCGGGGGAUGGGACGGUUUCCGCUGGCUGACAGAGACCAUUUUUAUUCCGGUGGUCGGGAUCCACACGGCCGAGGCAUGGUGGCUGGAUCGGACGCGGCUGAGCAGGUACGGGGUCAAGAGAGGAUCUUUGGUAUGGCUGCUUUGGAUUGCGAGCGCGUUGGCGGAAGGGAGGAUGACAUUCGUAAGGUUUGAUACUGUUGUAGAGAGGAAGAGGAGGGCGGUGGAAAGGAGUGAGUAG